GGUCAUUACAGAGUACUGAGUAGAGUUCCCUGUGCUAUACAAUAACCUUUAUCAGAAAGGAUGGAUUUGGGAAAAGGAAAACUUCUCAGGACUGGACUGAAUGCGUUGUAUCAAGCAGUACACCCAAUUCACGGCCUUGCCUGGACUGAUGGGAAUCAGGUAGUCCUGACCGAUUUACACCUUCACAGUGGAGAGGCCAAGUUUGGGGACUCAGCGGUCAUUGGACAGUUUGAACAUGUGUAUGGGGUGUCCUGGGCCCCACCUGGUACAGCUGACACACCUGCUCUGCUUGCUGUCCAGCACAAGAAGCAUGUCAUUGUGUGGCAGCUGUGUCCUAGCACUACGGAGACAAGCAAAUGGCUGAUGUCUCAGACCUGUGAGAUUAGACAGUCACUCCCUGUCCUUCCCCAGGGCUGUGUGUGGCACCCAAAAAGUGCUGUCCUGACUGUGUUGACUGCACAGGAUGUCUCCAUUUUCCAUAAUGUUCACUGGGACAGUUCCCAGGUCAAAGUGGACAUCAGCACCCAAGGCCUCAUUCACUGUGCAUGUUGGACCCAGGAUGGCCAGAGGCUGGUGGUGGCAGUAGGCAGCAGCGUGCAUUCUUACAUUUGGGACGGUGCUCAGAAGACUCUUCACAGGUGUUCCUUCUGCCCAGUGUUUGAUGUAGACAGCUGCGUGCGCUCAGUCGGAGCCACUGUGGACUCACAGGUCGCUAUAGCCACUGAGCUUCCACUAGAUAAGAUUUGUGGCUUAAAUGCAUCUGGAACCUUUGAUGUUCCCCCUAGUAGUGAAGGCACUUGUCUAUAUACUUUACCAGUUAUUGACGAAGUUUCCUCUGAAACAAAUUCUGAAACACCAGUUUCUCCCUUUUCUUCAUCCCUUUCUGAUCCUCUGGAUCUAACUCAUGUACACUUUGAUAGAUCUAAAUCUGAGGCUAGUUCUCUUAUUUGUCUAAGAAAAAAGGACUACUUGACAGGAACUGGCCUGGAUUCUUCACACUUGGUCCUCUUGACCUUUGAGAAGGAGGUUACCCAGAACAGAAAAGUCACCAUCCCAGGCAUUCUGGUUCCUGAUCUAAUAGCGUUUAAUCUGAAAGCACAGGUAGUCGCAGUGGCUUCCAACACGUGUAAUAUAAUUUUUCUCUAUUCUGUCAUUCCAUCGUUUAUGCCAAACAUCCAGCAGAUUCACUUAGAGAGUGAUGAAAGACCAAAAGGCAUAAGUUUCUUGACAGAUAAAUUAUUGUUAAUUUUGAUAGGAAAACAGAAAUCCACUGAUUCGGCAUUUCUUCUUUCUUCAAAGUCUGAUCAGUAUAUGAUUCGUCUGAUUGUUAGAGAAGUUAUGUUGGAAGAAGACUCUCCAAUGACACUGAGUGAAAACCAGAGUGGCUACUCUGCUUUCAGGACUCUGCUAAAUAAAGCAAACAGAAAAAAGCUAAUUGAAAGUCUUUCCCCAGAUUUUUGUCACCAAAAUGGAGGGCUCUUGUUAACAGCUAAUAGCAGCAGUCAAAGUGGAAGGCCUGGAAGAACCCUUAUUCAAGAAAUUAGAAGUCCUCCAUCCAGUGUCUGUGAUGGCUCCACAGCCCUAGAAACUCUAGAUGCCGGGCCUGUUAACCAGUCGGUAACACUGCCCGGACCCAGCGGCACACCAGACCACACCAGUACCAUGGGACCUCCUAACUUACAAGUGGAAAAGGAAACUUAUCAGCUAUCUAAGAUACUGGAAGUUUUAUCUAGGAACCUGAUUGAAGUGCAGCAGCGUCUUUCUGAACUGACAGACUUUCUGCAUAAUGGAAAGAAAUCCUCUCCAGUGUAUCCACUCUCUCAGGAUGUGCCUUAUAUUCACAUCACUUGCCAGAAAUCUUAUUUUUUAGGUCCUGUUGUAGAAAAAAGAGCCGUGCUUCUCUGCAACGGCAAGCUAAGACUCAGUACAGUCCAGCAGACUUUUGGCCUCUCUCUUAUUGAAAUGCUGCAUGACUCCCACUGGAUCCUUCUCUGUGCUGAUAGCGAAGGCUUCAUCCCCUUAACUUUCACAGCCACACAGGAAAUAGUCAUAAGAGAUGAAUGUUUGCUGCACAGCCUUUCAGAUGAGGUUAUUACAAGCAAGAUCUGUUUUCCGAGGUGGACGCUCCCCCGCUGGGAUUUGUAUUGUCGCUGGGAGGUGAAGAACUUGCCGUGGCUGGCUCGGCCACCUCUCCCCCGAGGCUGACAUUGCCUACUCUCAGCAGAGCCCAGUCUUUGGUAGAUGGCUCAGAAAGUGGUUAUUUAUGUAUUCAUUACUGUGUGGUUUUGUCUAAGGGCACAAUUCCCGGCACAAAGCGAUUUUAUGGUGCCAUAUGGAUUGUGUUUUAUGGUUUCUCUGAGGUUUUUUUGUCCCUUACCCAAAACAGUGUUAAAGCCCUUAGAAGCACUUAAAAGGUACCUCAGCAUUGUUAUAAAUCUUUUUCUUGGCUUAAAGUUGAGUGUGAGGAGUGCUGGAGAACAUCUGCUGCAGCCUAUCUUUUCACUCCAAAUGAGCAGGAAUCAGCAGAGCUCAAAGGAAGACAAAAAAUCGAUUGACUUCUGCUCCCAGGGCUACCUAGAACAGAAAGUAGUUCUCAUGUUGGCUGGACCUCCCAGGAUUUAAACCUAACCCUCUCGCUUCCCUAGAAAAUUCUGGCUGACAUAGUUCCAGGUACUCCUAAAAACUGUCCCUGGGCAGAUUUCAAAUGAAAUUUCAAGUGCUUUGACUCCCUCUGGACCCCACUUGAGUGUGUCCUGAUGUUACUAGUAAAACGCUAAGCAUAGGUGAGGCCUACAGCAUGAUUUGUGCUGUUGCCACUCAUGAUUUUCUCCCUGAUAGGUUACCCACCCCCCAUUGUUGGGAUCAUUAAAAUGUCCUAUUUUUUUCCCAGUAAUCAGCUCCCUUAAAUUGUCACUUUAAUUUUGAUAUUUUUCUUCCCCUCACCCCCCGCAUUCAAGUCUUAGAGACCAGCAUAGAAUCUGCGAGAGAAAGUAUUUCAGAAAGUUGGAAGUUUCACUGAAUCUGAGAUAGUUUAUUAUAAUUAUGGGCUAAAGCACCAGCUUAGCAUAGUGCAAAGAGCCCUGAUUCCAGCUUCAGAUAGACUCACCUUUUCUCACUGCCUUCAAACAGUCAUAAGCUUCAGUCACUGCAGCAUAAUGAACGGCUCAGUGUGUAGCUGGUCAGAGCACAUCUGCAGAUAAAUUGUUUCAGCCAUAGGAGCUCAGAUGCAUAAGAGCUCAAGUGCAUCUUUUUCACCCUUUCUUUUAAAAUCAUCUGGAAAGAAAUAUUUUGUACCCUUGAGGACUCCUGUUGGUCUAUUACAGUUUAUGAAGGUGGAGCUGGGAUAGGGAAGAAGCGAGGGCCCACUUUGUGAUUGAAAUGCAUUAGAGGAGCUGCUGGGAUAAUGGAAGUGGAGCCCCCUUGUCUGGAAUCAGUUGCCUGAGAGCAUUGGCUGAGGACAGUCUGAGGCCUGCUUCCAUUUUCAAAGAAAGUGUCCGGGUGGGGUGAAAGCACAGAACUGUGAAGCCUCAAAAGGGGGUCUGGGAUACCCCAUAGUAAGAUCAGUGUAGGUCACGCACUCAAGGUGUAUGUUAUAAUCAUUUCACUGGUUAGAAUCCUGUGAAUGAGUCUUCAAUAAAAUCACUAAUGGUUGUUGUGGCUUUUGUGAAUGUUUUGAUGGUGUUUGCUUUGUGAUUG